AUGGCCGCGGCCGAGCAGCCCGAGAACGAGAAGCCGCAGCAGGAGGAAUGGAUCCACGUCAAGUCAAAGUCGCGCUUCCGGCGGAACGCCCCCAAGCCCCCGGCCAAGGUCCCCGGGUCGGCCUUGAGGCCCGAUGAACCCCGCACCCUCAAGUCCGUCGCCGACAUCACGGCCGAGUACGAGACUUUCAAAACCCGCUGGCGCGACACCGCUUGUCAUACGAGGCUCAAGGAGCUCGUAAAGACGAAUGCCGAGAAGCAUCAGACGGUCCGCAAGGCGGUGUGUCUCGGCGUCGGCACGUUCGACCCGGAGGAUGGCGGAUGGGACGCGAAGAGGCGGAGUUACAUCCAGCUCGAUGGGUUCCUGACCAUCGUGGAGGUCCUGUCUCACCGAAUGCUAGCCGAGUUGUAUAAAGAGUCAAUUCCGUGUUCGUUUCAGGAACCCCGCUUCACCCCCAAUGACACCGAGUUCCUCACAAACCUGGGCCACCAGGUCGUCGAGUCGCCCGCCGCGUUCGAGGCCGUCGACGAAGACACGCUGGUGUUUGCUGUACACAUGUAUCGCCCCAUAUACGAAUCGACGUUGGAGAAGGCGUCGCCUGCUAUGUUUGUCGGCACAGGCUGGGAUGUGUGGGAUGACACCUGUCUCUAUUGGCGACCGAAGCUUGAGUCUGCGGCCCCUAAGGAGGAUCAGUCUGCCAAAGAGUCUUCGACGCGGGCUUCUGAAAAGGCCGAGGAAAAGCCUCCAGUAGAAGCAUCUGAGGAAGCAUCGGAGUACAAGUCCGAACCAAAGUUGGAACAAACCCCCAGCUGA